CCUAUACGCACACUAGUAUGAAGACCUCAUUAUCCCUACUAGCAGGCUUGGCCCUUAUGGGCAUGUAUUUGCAGGAUGGUGUGGCUGCAGCAGCCACGGACCAACAAGGAAGCAAUAUCAAUAUUGAACUUGCGCAAAAGACAGGCCAAGUCAUGAACACACCUGCUCGACUCCAAAAAGCUUUGGCAAAGUACAACUUAGAGAGCCGUGUGUCUCCUUCACGACUGAAUAUGGCUGCAUCCACCAUUGAUUUGUCUAGUGUACAUGUGGAUGUCGAGUAUGUUGGCACAAUUGGCGUCGGUAACCCACCACAGCUUUUCCAAAUGGAUUUUGAUACAGGCAGUGCCGAUAUCUGGAUCCCCCAUGUAGGCUGUGCCCACUGUGGAAAGCAUCCUUUGUUUGAUCCCGCCGACUCAUCCACGUUCUCUCAAGACACAAACCAAACGUGGGGCCUUCGCUAUGGUGAUGGUUCCGGUGUUCAAGGUAUUAUCGGUCGGGACACUGUUCACUUGGGCGAGCUGUCCUAUCCAGAUCAAGUCUUGGGAUUGGUCCAAGGCGAAUCGGUCGAUUUGGCCAUGGAUCCUGAAUUGGAUGGCAUUUUUGGCCUGGCGUAUGCUCCCUUGGCGUUCACGGGCCAUAAAAAGUCAAUUGUUCAAGGCAUGCAGGAUAUGGGUGUGAUUCCUUCAGCUUCUGUGGGUGUAUAUCUUGGCCGCGCUCGUGAUGGUGGCAAGGGUGAAUUGGUAAGCUUUGGCAAACCCAAUCCAGCCCACUAUGAAGGCGAACUCAAAUACGUCCCGGUCACUGAAAAGAAGUUCUGGCAAGUCGCGUUGAACGGACUCAAGAUCAACGGCCAAGAAACACUCUCUAAGCCUAUUGAAGCCAUCAUUGAUACUGGUACCACACUUAUCAUCCUGCCUUCUGAACUUGCCGAAACCAUCCAUGCAACCAUCCCAGGCGCUACAUUUAGCAGCAUGUAUGGCUGGCGUAUGCCUUGCGACCUCAAGGCCAGUGCAGCCGGCGAUGCUGAAGUUACAUUCACUCUUGGCGACCAUGAUUUCUCCUUGCGUGCAAGUGAACUCGUCCGUGAGCGCGCAUCGCCAUCAGAGGAAGGGGAUGUCAAAUUGUGCUAUUCCGGUAUCGCAGAGGCCAAGACCCCCUUAAUUAUCAUGGGCGACACGUUCUUGCGCAGCUAUUAUUCUGUGUUUGACUUUGAUAAGGAUGCUGUAGGUCUGGCACCUGCCAAGCCCUAA